UCAUCAAUACAUGUGCUCCGAAGCUGUUACCGAGAAAUGUGGAGAAAUGCUGUAAAUGCCGGCUGCCGGGAUAAAUGACUGUUUAAAAGUUAUAAGAGAAGCAUAAACGUAUUUAUCUACAACGCUUGAUAUUCCCAGCAUGCCUUGUUGGUACUAUGAUAAAGAUGAGUUUCAGAAAACUCCGUCCCAGGCAGACGGCAUUGACCAGGAAACAGAGGCCCGAUACCGCAAGGAGGGGGCCAGGUUUAUUAUUGAUGCUGGCAACAAACUAGGACUUCGUUAUGACACGUGUGCCACAGGAGUCGUGUACUUCCACAGGUUUUACAUGUACCAUUCCUUUAGAGAAUUCCACAGAUAUGUGAUGGGUGCCUGCUGUCUAUUCCUGGCUGGGAAGGUAGAGGAGACACCUAAGAAGUGCAAGGACAUCAUUAAGACAGCAAGGUCCAUGUUGCCUGACCAACAUUUCAUGGUGUUUGGAGAAGACCCCAAGGAGGAAGUGAUCACUAUGGAGAGAAUUCUGCUACAAACCAUCAAGUUUGACCUGCAGGUGGACCACCCCUAUUCAUUCCUGCUUAGGUUUGCCAAAGGCAUCAAAGGUGAGCAAAAUUAUUUUUCUUGUUUAAUUUUAUCUCAUGAUUAUGUGCAGCAUGUAUAA